CUUUUAACAUGGAAAAAGGGGAUGCUGUAUAGCAGCUAAACCCCUCGAUAUCAUAGGGGGAAGGAGGCAUCUUGUUUUUAAAUUAUGUUUUUGUUGUAUUUUAAGAAGAGUGUAAUGAGAUGGGUACUGUAGUUGCAUGGAUAUAUUCAGUACACAAUUCACUUGCUGUUCAAUGAGUUUUCAAUGUAUUGAAUUUGUGAUUGAGCUUCGUAAAGACAAGAAGGAAGGAAGAUGGCAACUUGAAAGGGAGCAUUCCCCAGAGUUGAAUCUUGCAGUUGCUGGUCUUUACACUGCAUCUAUUAUAUGAGGACACAGUUGUUUUUUGAAUAUUCCCCGAGGUGCCCUUUGUUGUAAUCUGAACACACUCAUGUUCAAAGGUUUCCUUAAUGAGUGAUUUAAAUUUCUCUGUGGUAUCCUAAGAUGGUAAACUUUGCAGUAGCUAUUCAUUUGUGACAUAGUCUACAGAUUUUUGAUUGUGCUCAAUUUGAAGGCAUGUAUGCACUUAAUGAGUUUCAGCAGGUAGAGGAAGUGUUUUCUUCAGACUUCAACCCUGAAAGUCUUUGUAUCAAAGACUUACAACCCCUUUAAAUAUGUAGCAGUUCAGAUUUGCAGUGUUAUUAGUCUGAUGUAGAUUUGAAGGAGUGCACUGUUUUCUUUAGGGGCACUUCCAACUGGGGUCACUUCUGCCAGCAUGAUUGAUGGCCAAACCUAAUCCCUCAUCUUCUGUUCAGUACUCUGGACCAGAGCAUUUUCUGACGAUGAUAUGUGAGAAUUUAUAAUACAUUUCUAUGAAUUGUAGCAGAUUUUUUUAUUUUAAAAACAAUUAUAGAUUGCAUUUGAGCUGAUUGCCAUUUCAUACAGCUCAAUGUUCAGUUCCAUGCAUAAUUUGUAAAUGAUAAAAUUAAUUUAUGCAGAAUAGUACGUCUCACUUUUGCUUUAUUAAAGCUGCAAUCAUCUAAUGGCGUGAAUACUUUUAAGACCAGUGCACAGACCAGAAAAUCUAUGUGUUUAAUCUGAGUAAUAGGAUUGCAUUACGUAGGGUCAUUUAAAGAUCCCAGCAGAUGCUACUGCAACUUUCUGUGGAGGAACUAUGCAAGCGUAGGUGUGGAUAAGGUGAUUUGUCAAGGAAAAAGAGGGGAAAGGUAAGAGUUGUUCAGCACACAGAUUAUGUAUAAUGCCACUACUCUGGGGAAAUCUGGCUUGAGUGCAAGCUUGUUUGCACAACCUUCUUCUGAAUUACAAUGGGGCAGCCAGAGUGGAAUAAGAAUGGCCUGCCUUGCAUCAAGCUGUGUACAUGUAUACUUUUUUGUAAGAGACCAGUAUUGAUAGAAACAAACUGCCUAUCAAAUUGGAGUCUUGGUCCAAUCACGUCAAAGUUGUAAUACAUAAAGUUGAAAUAUUGGUGCGUAAUGGGCCAUUUGUGAAGAAGAGUUUUUGACGGUCUCCAAUUUGCUAUUAAUCAUUUCUUCAAUGUUAGAUUCAUGGGGCUUUGAUCCGAUCCUGUCUAAGGUUACCUACUCAUUGGUGGUACCAAUUAGCACCAGGAGACUAUUGGCCCAUGAUGCUUGCAUUCAUUAAUACCAUUCUCUUCUAUAUGGACCUGCAGUUUCUCAAGAGUCUAUCCAGUUCUUAGUUGAAAGAUCUGAUUCAAUCUAUUUCCACCACCAUUUCAUGCAGUGACUUUCAAAUCAUGAUUACUCAUAGUGUGAAAAGAUUAUUCUCAUCAAGGAAACACAGUGACCAUGUGAUUAUAGAGGUACAGCAUUCCUAGAGAAGUGUUUGUAUUGUGAUUUUUUUUUUGUUGUUGUCUAUAAUUCAAUCACCCCAUGGUUCUUUUAUAGGUCUAUUAUAACGCACCCUUGCCUAAUCCAAACUGGAGUGUUCCACAGUGGUCUAUCCCUGUCUUUGGGUUCUAGAUGAAAAAGGACAGUGAAGCGAAGCCUUGUAGUACCAGCUAUCUAAGAAAUGAAAUUCUAAAGAAGGCAAGUGGAAGAGAUAUCAAAUCCUUUGGCAGUAUCGUCCAAGAACACUCCACAGAAGAAGUUUGAUUUUUGGUCCAGAGGAUGGAGCCGAUGAUGGGAAGAAUGUCCACAGGGUGUGAAACCCUGACAGGUCGGAAUUAUUGAUUUCCCCGUCACAUCUACAGAAGAACUGCUGGAAAAAAAAGAACAUGUCAAAGAAAGGACGAGGAAAGGGCGAAAAGCCUGAGGCACUAAUAGAUGCUUUACAAGCUGCCAAUGAGGACCUCCGGGCUAAGCUGACCGAUAUUCAGAUAGAGCUUCACCAGGAAAAGAGCAAGGUGAACAAGCUGGAAAGAGAAAAGGUGCAGGAAGUGAAACAAGUGCGAGAGCUGGAGCAGCAUAAGCACACGGUGCUCACUACCGACCUCAAGUCCAAGCUGCACGAAGAGAAAAUGAAGGAGCUGCAAACGGUGCGGGAGGUUCUGUUGAAGCAGCACGAGCAGGAGCUCGCCCGGGCAAUGAAAAUUAAGGACGGCGAAAUCCAACGUCUACAGUCCACGGUCAACAUUCUGAGGGACGGGGCAGCUGACAAGGUCAAAACCGCCCUGCUCAAUGAAGCCAGGGAGGAGGCUCGGAAAGCCUUUGACAGCGAGCGCACCAAGCUGCAGCAGGAGAUAGUCGAGCUGAAGUCUGCCAAGAAACUGGUGGAAGAAACGCUAAACAACACCAUCCAGGCUGAUAAGAAGAAGGCCGCUGAUCUCAGAAGUGCGUAUCAGUCCCAUCAGGAUGAGAUAACCAGAAUAAAGAAAGAAUGUGAGAGAGAUAUCCGCAGGCUGAUGGAUGAGAUAAAAGGCAAAGACAGAAUUAUCCUUGCCCUGGAGAAGGACCUGGGCGUUCAAGCAGGCCACACCCAGAAGUUAAUUCUGCAGAAAGAAGCCCUUGAUGAGCAGUUGGUGCAGGUGAAAGAAGCAGAGCGUUACCAUAGCAGCCCCAAGCGGGAAUUCCCCAGUGCUGGUGGGGACAGCUCCGAACCGCCACCCAAUCACAUUAAACCAUUAAAGGAGCAGUAUUCCUUAAAGGGGAACUGUAGUGUCAGGGAACCACAGUUGGAUGAGAGGGAUUUGCGACGUUUCCAGUUAAAGAUUGCUGAACUGAAUGCUGUGAUUCGCAAACUGGAGGACAGAAACACUCUGCUGGCAGAUGAAAGGAAUGAGCUGCUGAAACGUGUGAGAGAGACAGAGAGCCAGUUGAAACCACUUGUAGAAAAAAACAAGCGCCAAGCUAAGAAAAAUGAAGAUGUGAUGCAUUCUGUGCAGAGGAUGGAAGACAAGCUAAAAAAGCUGACCAGAGAACACGCCGAAAUGAAGGAGAAAUUAUCUUCACAAGGACUGCUCAGGCGGCAUACUUCAAUGAAUGAUCUGAGCCAAGGGCAAGAUGAACAAGAAAUGGAGUUCUUGAGGCUCCAGGUUGUAGAGCAACAGCAUAUCAUUGAUGAUUUAACAAUGGAACGGGAAAGAUUUUUACGGUCUAAGAAGUACAAAAGAAGAAGCACAAAGCCCCACAAGAGGCAUGUUGUAGAGACAUUUUUUGGAUUUGAUGAAGAAUCAGUAGAUUCAGAAACCUCCUCAUUAGCUUCGUGUACAACUGAUAGAACACCAGCAACUCCGGAAGAAGACCUGGACGACGUCCUAAACAGAGAAGAGUCCGAACUGAGAUUCCGCCAGCUUACUCGAGAGUAUCAGGCUCUGCAGAGAGCUUACGCACUGCUUCAGGAACACGUCGGUGGGACACUGGAUGUGGAGAGAGAAACACGGACGCGUGAACAACUCCAAGCCGAUCUCCUCCGCUGUCAAGCUAAAAUUGAAGAUUUGGAAAAGUUGCUUGCCGAGAAAGGACAGGAUUCAAAAUGGGUGGAAGAUAAACAGUUACUUUUUAGAAGCAACCAGGAACUGGUUGAGAAGAUUCAUAAAUUAGAACUCGAAGAGCUCAGACUACAGAAUGAAAUGCAAGAUGCAAAGGACCAGAAUGAGCUGCUGGAAUUCAGAAUCUUGGAGCUUGAAGAGCGGGAGAGAAGGUCACCAGCUUACAACUUGCACAUUUCGGCCUUUUCUGAGACUGGGAGUGCCCUUCAGCUUUACUGUCAGCAGGAGGGCAUCAAGGAUGUGAUAAUUCCUGACCUAAUGAAGAAACUUGAUAUCCUAGGAGAUAAUGGGAAUCUAAGAAAUGAAGAACAGGUUGCAGUAAUUCAAGCUCGAACUGUGCUUUCACUGUGUGAGAAGUGGCUGAAACAGAUUGAAGGCACAGAGACUGCUCUUCAUCAGAAGAUGUUGGAUCUGGAGAAUGAAAAGGAGCUGUUUAGCAAGCAGAAGGGCUACCUGGAGGAGGAGCUGGAUUACAGGAAACAAUCCCUGGACCAUGCCUACAUGCAAAUCCAAGAGCUGGAAGCCACACUGUACAACACCUUGCAGCAGUGCCCUGGAAACAAAGUAAGUGAAGCACUGACUGAAAAGCAAAAGGAAGAGUUGAAAGUGGCAGUCGAGAAGUGGCGACGUCAAGUCCUGAGGCAGAGCCGGGAGUAUGACGGUCAGAUCUUGCAGGAGCGCAUGGAACUGCUGCAACAUGCGCAUCAGAGAAUUAGAGAACUGGAAGACAAGAUAGAAAUCCAGAAAAGGCAAAUCAAAGAAAUAGAAGAAAAGCUUUUAUUCUCUGGCCCUGAAAGCCAGUCUUCAGAAGCACAGGCAACAAGAGGGAACGCCAAGCCAACAGGGCAAAUCUCAAAGUGUACAAAGCAACAAGAAUACAUUGCAGUGGAGGCAUUGUCCAAACUCCGAGCUUCUAUUAGAGACAAACUGGAACACAAGCAGAAAACCGAUAUAUGCACACAUGUUAAAUCCACGUCGGAAGAUUCCAUUCAAAUUUUUCAAAUGCAUAUCUGUUCAAUGAGAUGGAAGACCAUUCUGACGACAAUUAGUUUUUAA